UGUCUCCGCAGUGCUGCCUGUCUACGAGGAGUGCGUUUGAUUGUUGCAGGGCUCAAUGGCGGACAUAGUAGGAUAGUCGCUUCAGCAGCGAGGACAAUAACAUCUCGACUCCCGUGAAUUCCUGGCGUGCCUCGGUCAGCCGCUGCGUGCCCUCCCCCUCCGGUGCACCGCUUGAAACGAGCUCUCUUGCGCUUUAACGUGAUAUACAAAGUCGCAGCAGCUAUUUUUCCUGCGCGUCUUCUCGCAUUGUUGAGUUCUCAAUCCCGAGCGAAGAAGUUACACUGUUCAUGGUGGCUCACUGAAAAGGCAGCUAGCUUGCGAGCAAACCAUGGGGGACUCUCUUGAAUUGAUAGGGAAGCGUCUGCUUUUGCUCCUCGACGACGACAGGUCCGCUAAUGGACCCGAGCCGGAGCAGGCUGCCUGGGCCCGGGACUGGCUCCGGGGGACGGUGCGAGCAGUCAGCGUCAUCGGCCUGGCCGCUCCGGAGGUUAGCGGAGGAGAGGCGACAACAACAACCACUGCUGCAGGGCUGACGGUAUUUGUAGAGUUUGAGAACGCUUCACAACGGUGUUCUUGGGUGCAAGUGUAUGACGAGGGGGUGAAAGCUGUCUUGGUGGAAGACUCCAUCGUUUGGGCCAACCGGAGUGAUAGUACUGGGACUACUGGAGCCCCAGCAUCAACCACAGCCUGGCCUGGUCUGGCCUUCCGCUCCCUAGUGGACAGAGUGGGUUUAGGAUCAUUGGUUCCAGUGGAAUAUUUUGGAAACAAAAAUUUUGAGUUCCUGCCUGAUAACAAAUCAGUCCAGAGAUUUGAGGUUGAUAAAGACAUAAGAAAUCCUUUGCUGCUGGAGCAGCCCACCCUGCAGGCUGCCAUCUCCAGCUGGCGUAGUGACUUUGAACUGCAGGAGAUCUUCAGGAAGGGUUCAUACACUAUUCAAGGACGCAGGGUUCGUGUGUACCAGCCAGAGUUUGAGGAGUGCUGGGCCUCAGGACUGGUUUCACAGCACGACCCUAUCUCGCACAUAAUGGAUAUUACCAUGGACAAGGGUGAAGAAAAUCAGAUGGUUGAUCCUCGUGUGAUACAUGUCAUGCUGGCAGAGGAGGAGCUUGGUAAGAAUGGGCGGCGAAGGAAGGACAGUGAAACGAUGAAGGGUGAUAGUGGUCGCAGACGUAGGACUGCCUCCGAAGGUGAGGAUGACAUGAACUUGAAACGUUUUAAAGGAGCAGGAGACUUGGGGGCUGAUGGACAAAACUGUGGCGAUACGAACAAAACGCCAGUGGAUGGGACAGUGAUGUGGGGUGGAGACUCUGGCGAAAGAGUCAGCAGCACAACCAAAAACGGAAGCUCUUCAGAAGGAACCUUUCCUCAGGGCAGAGUGUCAUCCCCCAACACCAAUUCCUCACUCCAGAUGGACCAAUCAAAUACUACUCCUCGUUAUCCUGUCCAUGUCAAAGAAAACGGUCGCUCAAUCCCCACACAAGGGGCAGCGGACUCCACCACUGCCGUUACUCAUACCCCUACCCCUCCUCCCCUCAAACCAGCCCCCUCUCCCUUCUCCACCACAUCUUUUCCCUCACUAGGCCAGAUGCCAAGCCUGGUCCCCGGAGCUCCAGCCCCCAAGGUCUCCCCAUCCCCCCAGCCAGACAGAGAAGAGGCCUCCCAGUCGGCUUACUCCAAAACAGCUGCUCUUGUUUCCCCGGGGCCUGUCACCAUUUCUUGGUCUUCACAUGACAGUGGCCCUAGUGUGGCACUUUCUGCUUCUGUGGGUUUUAGUCCUAAGGCUCCUACCUGGGGAAGCCAGACUGAGGGCUCUAAGACUGCAUCUGGUUUUCGUUUGCCCCAGGCUGUGCCCACUGCUCCUGUAUUUGGAGAUGUUACCUCUCAGACCAAUGGAGCUCCUACCACUACUACAACCCCCCAGGACACUCCAAGGCCCUUUGGCUUCGGCUUUGGUGGCGCAAAGAGUGAGCCCCAAUCCCAGCAAGACCAAAACUUGUUUUUCCAGUGCAUGACCCAGAAUUCUGGCUCCAUCCCAACCCUUGCUGCUGGUCAGACCCAGUCCAAGGACACUAAUUACUUCACCACAGUGUCUGAGAGCCUGAGUAAAGAGCCCCCAAGCCUUUUCAAGUCUGCAACCCCCGCUGAAGGGCUGAAAAAGCCUGAGCAGCCAAAAGUGCCUGAGGCCCAUCCAACGGGAAAUGGUGUGCUCAACAAGUCGUCAUCAGCCUUCCAGGGCAUGGGUGGCUCUGCAGGAGGAAGAGGCUCUGGUCUAAGUAUUGGUGGUCUGGCAGCAACGUCUGGAGCCCAAAGUACUUCUAAGAAGAGCAGUAAUAAUGGAACGUCUGCAGGAGGCUUAGGGCUGCAAUCUGGCUUUAACACUUCAGAUAGCCACCAGAACCUUUUUCUGCAGGCCUCCAAAGAGCCCGCUAAUCCAUUUCUGGCAUAUGGGGACAAAGCUUCCCACACAUCUUUUGCUGGCCUCUCUGGGACCGAGCCACAGGCCCUUGGUUCUGCCUCAGACAGCAAGCCAAACCUAUUCACUAUGGCAGAGCCGCCGAAGGGGAUUCUGUCCUCUCCUUUCCCAGCAAUCGCAGCAGCUGCUUCACCUAGCUCUUCCUCCUCUCCAGCACCAGCCUCAUCUCAGAGGUCACAUACUGAAGGGACUGUGACAAAGGAGGAGCAGGAGGUUGGGGAGAUGCCUACAUCCACCUCAGGCUCCUCUAUGUUUGGAGGCGCUGGCCCUGAUGGAAUGGAUGAGGUACCUGUGUCCUUUGACCAGAGCCAGACUCAGAAGUUUACCUUGGAAGAAAGAGGCCAAUCAUCCAAACGGGACUCAGACUCUAGCAGUAACAGUGACUUGUCAGACCUGAGCGAGAAUGAGGAAGGUCUGGAGAAAGGCCAAGUUCCAGGAGGACCACCACACCCUGCCAAGGAUGGGGCCUUGCUGCAGAAAACUAAAGUCCAAGGGGCUGCUAAGAGCCGUCCGCGUAACAAGCCUUUCAAAGUGGGCCAGUCUGUACUAAAAGAUCAGAGUAAGGUGCGUCGUCUGAAACAGUCUGGUGAGUCCUUCCUCCAGGAUGGCUCCUGCAUCAAUGUGGCCCCUCACUUGCACAAGUGUCGUGAGUGCCGUCUGGAGCGUUACCGUAAAUAUCGCAAUACAGACGAAGACAGCGAUGAUGACGAUGACCCAAAUGUGGCCUGUCGCUUCUUCCACUUCAGAAGGUUGGCUUUUACUCGUAAAGGUGUAUUGCGUGUGGAAGGCUUCCUGAGCCCCCAGCAGAGCGAUUCAAUGGCCAUGGGUCUGUGGCUACCUGCACCAGCUGUCCAGGAGGGUCUUGAUCUGGAUACAUCCAAGUACAUCCUGGCCAAUGUGGGAGACCAGUUCUGUCAGUUGGUCAUGUCUGAGAAGGAGGCCAUGAUGAUGGUGGAACCUCACCAGAAAGUGGCGUGGAAACGUGCUGUACGAGGUGUUAGGGAGAUGUGUGACGUGUGUGAGACUACCCUGUUCAACAUCCACUGGGUGUGUCGCAAGUGUGGCUUUGGAGUGUGUCUGGACUGCUAUCGACUUCGCAGGAACAGGCCAAGGGAGGAUGUAGAUGAAGGUCCAGAGGAUGAGGUUUUCUCUUGGUUGAAGUGUGCCAAAGGUCAACCUCAUGAGCCACAGAACCUCAUGCCUACACAGAUCAUACCUGGGACAGCUCUUUACAACAUAGGUGAUAUGGUGCACUCAGCAAGAGGCAAGUGGGGUAUUAAGGCCAAUUGUCCCUGUGCCAGUCGACACACCAAGCCUCUAGUGCGCCCUAGUGCCCCCAAUGGUAUUUCACAGCAGUCUACAACAAGCAGUGGUAGCGGCCUCGGACCUGCAGCUUCUGGUAUUGGCAACACUCCAAAAUCAGAAGGAGAAACAUCAGCGAUCAAAACAGAAACUACACAAACAGCAGCAGCAUCAGACAGUGGGGGCGGGGAAAUUGUGGGCAGUACUAGUAACUCCACCAGUGGUACAUCUUCCCCUUGUAACCUCACCCAGUCCUCUGUCAAGGAGUCACGCUCAUCAGGAGAGGGCAACAGCUCCGCUCUGCACUGGCUGGCAGACUUGGCCACACAGAAAGCCAAGGAUGACACCAAGGAAUCUGGUUCACUGCGCUCCAUGAUGAGUCGAGACAGUCGGCCUCCUUUUGGCCUGGACUCACUCGGUGCCCUGUCAAAGCCUUCUGCUUCCAGCCCUAAGCUAUUUAACAGCCUUUUACUGGGCUCCAGCAUGGCUCAGUCCAAACCUGAGGGGUCCAGUCUCCGGGACCUGCUCAACUCUGGACCGGGCAAGCUUCCCCAGGGCCCUGGAGAGAGUGGGGUACCAUUCCCUUCCGUCUUUACCUCAGCAGGCAGUGACAAGCUGAAGAGCAGCCUUCCAAACUUCCUGGAUCACAUCAUCGCCUCGGUUGUGGAGACCAAGAAGGCAGAAGGCAGACGGACUGGAACCUCUGAGGGGGGCGAGCUUGGUGUUUUGGGGGGCCGCAAAGACGGAGUAAUGGGCCUAAGUGUUUUGGAACCACAUACCUCACACUCCUGGCUCUGUGACGGACGACUCCUUUGCCUACAGGAUCCCAGCAACAGCAACAACUGGAAGAUCUUCAGAGAGUGUUGGAAGCAGGGACAACCUGUAUUGGUGUCAGGGAUACAUAAACGCCUGAAAUCUAACUUGUGGCGGCCUGAGGCCUUCAGUCAGGAGUUUGGAGACCAGGAUGUAGACCUGGUCAACUGUAGAAACUGUGCCAUCAUCUCUGAUGUGAAGGUGCGAGACUUCUGGGACGGCUUCCAGGUCAUCUCAAAGCGACUGCAAGAUAGUGAGGGUCAGCCAAUGGUGUUGAAAUUAAAGGAUUGGCCUCCUGGAGAAGACUUCAGGGACAUGAUGCCCACACGGUUUGAUGAUUUGAUGGAUAACCUCCCGUUGCCCGAGUACACAAAAAGAGAUGGCCGCCUAAACCUUGCUGCCCGUCUGCCCAACUUUUUUGUGCGUCCUGACCUAGGACCCAAGAUGUACAAUGCCUAUGGCUUGACUUCGUCUGAAGACAGGAAGGUGGGCACCACUAACCUCCAUCUCGAUGUGUCUGAUGCUGUCAAUGUCAUGGUCUAUGUAGGCAUACCUCAAGGAGAUGGAGACCAGGAGCAAGAGGCAGAUAUCUCUGGACGCAAAGAGGUCAUGACCACUAUUGAGGAGGGUGAUGUGGAUGAAAUGACGAAGAGGAGGGUGUACGAGGGAAAAGAGAAACCUGGAGCUCUCUGGCACAUCUACGCUGCCAAGGAUGCUGAGAAGAUCAGAGAACUGCUCCGCAAGGUGGGGGAGGAGCAGGGCCAAGAGAAUCCUCCAGACCACGAUCCCAUUCAUGACCAGAGCUGGUACUUGGACCAGGCGCUCCGCCGCAGGCUCUAUGAUGAAUAUGGAGUCCAGGGCUGGGCCAUUGUACAGUUCUUAGGAGACGCUGUCUUUAUCCCCGCUGGAGCCCCACACCAGGUGCACAACCUGUACAGCUGUAUCAAGGUGGCUGAGGACUUUGUGUCUCCUGAGCACGUGAGGCACUGUUUCAGACUGACUCAGGAGUUCAGACACCUGUCUACUACUCAUACAAACCACGAAGACAAGCUACAGGUGAAGAACAUCAUCUAUCACGCAGUGAAGGACGCUGUUGGCACACUGAAGGCCCAUGAACCGAAACUAGCACGCCCUUAGUUUCUCUCACUUAGCGCUGUCCCAAGACAACCAGCCUCUCAAGACCACUCCUCUAUGUACACACACAGUAUACAUUACAUACCUACAUACACAUGUACAAUCUGAAAAGUGCAGAGUACAAAGAUAGAGUGUAGGUUUUUUUGGGGGGCAGUGACGGUCUGGGUUUAGGGAAAGGGCACAUUUUGGUUUGGGGAGGGAUUAGAAAGGGUGUGGGGCUAGUCGGCGCUUCGAUGAAGGAAGUCCUUUAUCGCUGUUACACAGUACGCUCAAACUUGUCUAGUUGUUUUUCAAUUUUUUUUUUUUUUUGAUUAACUCUGUAUUUAAGGUCAGUGUGUUUGUUCUGUUGUUCUCAUUGUAUAUGUAAGAUGUGAGAGUAAGGGAGGUAAAAGCUGACGUGCCUUUAGAGCAGAAGUUCAGCUACCAUAUAAGCGACUGACAAAAUGUGAGUACCAGGCUAACUUUCCUAUUUUGAUGACGUUGAUAUUAUUUUUCUUCAAUAGGAGCGAGGUUAACCUGUUGCAGUUUUUAAACCGCUGAUUGCUUCUGCCCUCUGUGGCUGGAGUGAAUUUGCGAAGCAGCCAGUGAAGGGAAGCAGACCAAAGUUUUGUAUUUUUAGUUUUCUUAUUUCACUUUUAGAGUAAGAAGUCUUUUCUUUUUAUGAACCAGAAGGUAAUGAGCAGGAGGACUUCAAAGAGGGCAGAUUUGUUUUUGUUUUUUUUUGUUUGUUUGUUUGUUUUCUUUUGGUCAUGGGUUUGGUCACCUAUAUUUGUCCCAUGGGCUGAAUUAAUUGCAGACUUCCAACAACAUUGUUCAAGAAUCACAUUUGCAGCUGAACAGAACUACUGGCCAUUAACAUUGUAUCAAUAUAUAUAUUGAUCUUAGCAGUCUGUUUGAUUUUUCACAAUAAAGUUUACAAAAACUA